AUGGAUCUGGCGAGCAGGCCAUUCGCCGUUCCCGUCGUUACUGUGGAGUGCGGGGCCAAGGUGUACGUCAACUGGGGCGACCAGCGCUUCCGCUGCAGGCCUCCUGGGCUCGGGGUGCACAUCACCUUGCACAAGUACAUCAGCCUGCAGCUGGACGCGGAUCUUCGCGACAAGGAGGGCAGGGAAUGCGUCGGCGAGUUCGUGAAGGUUGAGGGUGCGGACACGAACAUCUUCGGCAUCAAGCAGAACUGGUACGUGAAACCAUCGAACGGAGACGAUCGAAGAUGCUCCAUCAGCUUCGAGGGCUUCCUCUUCAAGGACCAGCCGUUCAUACUGUCGAGCAUGCUCGUCACCACUGGCAGGAUCGGUGGUACUACGAGGUCGAGAUCGUCGAGCUGA